AAUCCGGCGUGCGAGCUGUCAAGCUAGUGACUUUAUCUCUCCCGCCGUUUAAGGUUGACAAAAUAACAGUAACCGAGACCGUGGCUUUUAUUCGCCACAGUAAAAGUUCCUACGCCGCGGGGACAAUCUUAAAAACUGCGUUGAACAUUAUAGCUCGUCUCGCUCUUGGCUUCAGCGCUGCGAGUGACGUCAUCCGCCGGGCCCUUUUGCGCGGAGUGAUCCGCCCUCCCAGGCCCCCCGAGUUCCAGGAGGUGAAGCGUCUGCGGCGGAGGAGCACUAGGACAGAAACAUCUUUACUUUCCACUAUUGGGGUACAGAAUACAUUAAAGAGUCCGCCGGAGCCUGGGGUAAAGCUGUGAAGUGCAGGUUUCUAAAUAAGAAACUGCAGCUUUGGACUGAACUAAGAAAACCCAGGAAACCAUCGACCAUGCUGUGGAAUUGAGGCGCGAGGAUCUAUCUCCGUGGAUUAUAAAAACCAUCAUAUUCUGGAUUACGAAAGGGAAAGAACAAAGUGACAAUGGGCAGGAAAAAGAUACAGAUAACAAGGAUAAUGGAUGAGCGGAACCGGCAGGUCACAUUCACCAAGAGGAAGUUUGGAUUAAUGAAGAAGGCCUAUGAACUGAGCGUGCUCUGUGACUGUGAAAUUGCACUGAUCAUUUUCAACGGCUCUAACAAACUGUUCCAGUAUGCGAGCACCGACAUGGACAAAGUCCUGCUCAAGUACACCGAAUACAACGAACCCCAUGAGAGCAGAACCAACUCGGACAUAGUGGAGACUCUGAGAAAGAAAGGCUUAGAUGGUUGUGAGAGCCCAGAUGCUGAGAGAUACUUUGAGGAGGACACAUUCAGCAAACUAAAUGAAGAUAAUGGUUUUAUUUUCAAGCCAGGACCUGCCCUGAACAAGAAGGAACACCGAGGGUGCGACAGCCCAGACCCAGACGGCUCUUAUGUGCUCACGCCUCACACCGAAGAAAAGUACAAAAAAAUAAACGAGGAAUUUGAUAAUAUGAUGCGCAAUCAUAAAAUCUCACCUGCGUUGCCCCAGCAAAGCUUUUCAAUGUCAGUGACCGUCCCAGUGUCGAACCCAAACACAUUGUCCUACAGUUCUCAAGCAAACACCCUGGUCACAGCUUCGUUAGCAGCCAGCACUUCAUUAACCGAGGGGAGCAUGCUGUCCCCACCUCAGACAACACUACAUCGAAAUGUUGUUUCUCCGGGGAUACCCCAGAGACCCUCUAGUACCGGAAAUGCAGGUGUAAUGUUGGGUACGGCUGACAUCUCUGUGCCAAAUGGAGCCAGCGGCAGUCCAGUGGGGAAUGGGUUUGUGAAUCCACGAGCUUCUCCAAGUCUUUUAGGACCAGCAGGUGGUAACGGACUGGGAAAAGUCAUGCCUACCAAGUCCCCCCCUCCCCCAGGAGGCAACCUGGGAAUGAACAGCCGGAAGCCAGACCUGCGCGUUGUCAUCCCCCCAUCUAGUAAAGGCAUGAUGCCGCCUCUGACAGAAGAGGAUGAAUUAGACUUGAACUCACAAAGGAUAGGCAGCUCUCAGUCUGCGCAGCCUCUUGCUACUCCGGUUGUUUCUGUGACAACACCCAGUUUGGCUUCACAGGGUCUGGUCUACUCUGCAAUGCCGACUGCCUACAACACGGAAUACCCCCUGACCAGUGCGGAGCUGUCUGUUCUCCAGGGGUUUAACUCCCCUGGAAUGCUGCCUCUGGGGCAAGUGUCUGCAUGGCAGCAGCAUCAACUAGGACAAGCAACCCUCAGCUCUCUCAUGGCUGGUGGGCAAUUAUCUCAGGGUUCAAACUUAUCUAUAAGUACCAACCAAAACAUCAACAUAAAGUCUGAGCCGAUAUCACCUCCUCGUGACCGAGUCACACCUUCUGGAUUCCCUCCUCAGCAACUGCAUCAACACCAGCCUCGCCCCGAAAUGGGGCGAUCGCCCGUCGACAGCUUAAGCAGCUCCAGCAGUUCGUACGAUGGAAGCGACCGAGAGGAUGUCAGGAAUGAAUUCCAUUCGCCUGUUGGUCUGGGAAGAAACCCCAACAAUGAAGACAGGGACAGCCCCUCAAUGAAACGCAUGCGAAUGGAUGCUUGGGUGACAUAAGUCCUUCCCAGUGCCACUUCUGGCAAGGAGUCCCCAGCGUCUGAAACAUUAAAAAGGAUGCAGAACCCUUAUAUAUUAUAUAUAAGUAUAUAGAUAUGGCUCACACACACAAGUCCGUUGGUUGCGUGUGUGUGUAUGUGCUCUUGUGUAAUACACACUUCAAUCAGGUACCUGCUGAAAUGACUGUACACAGACUUUGUCCUCUGUGAUGUGGCACUUAUGUGGACUUUUAAUACCCUUUUGGAGAAAUGAAACGCAUUUCGCAUCUGUGUUUUCCUGUUGUUGAGACAACACUAGCAAGGAUGCUUUUUUUGGGGAGGGUGGUUGACAGGCAGUGGAAAGUUCACAAGCUGCAGGUAUUAUAGUGCACACUCAAGUGUCUUGAGACCCUCCUUCCCGCUCCCCAUCUCACACUUCCUAAUGGUCUUAACACUUUCACUGCCAGAGGAGUUUGCCUUGCAGAAUGCGGUUGGUCCCUCUGUAAGCUGAUUGGUGCGAGACCUGGCUUUUUACAGAAGGUGUAAAAAAAGCUGGAAUCUAGGAAAGCAAUACUGUACACUAUAACAUUAUAACAUUAUACCAAACACAACACACAGAUCCCUCUUACAAAAGGAGUACACAAAGGGCUGAUGCCACAUAAUCUAUUUUUGCACGUGUAAUAAAGAUGUAUCAGGACAGAGAAGUGAGAUUAGACUUCGAAAGUGUGAUUUUCAAAACCGAGGAAAAGCAUGAGAAUUUACAUAUAUUACAAAUUUUAAAAUAUAAAGUUCUAUAAGCCUAGAGUGAAGGCAUAAAAAAAUAA